AUGGCCCACGCAUUAAUAAGAAAUUCAAUUAAAUCUAUAAACCCUAAAUUACUAUCCACGCUAUCAGCUCACCGGACCAUCCGCCGUUUUGGCUCCGUGGCCGCCGCCGACGAGGAGCAAUCGUCUUCCUUCACGUUCUCAUCGGAGGGAGACAGCGUUCAUUUGAGAGCACCAGCGGCGAGGAGGAAACAGACUUCGUCGGUAACGAUGCCGAUGUCGUUCCUGACGGGAUCUAUAGUCGGGAAACGGUUCUACAAGGAAGUAAAAACGAGAGAAGCGGAUGAUGGUAAUGGUUGGACGGUGAUGCUUGAUUAUCGAACACUCAAGACACCAGCUAAGAGGCCUCUUAAGCUUCCUACUCUUGCUCUUGCUAAGGCCAUUGCUGCUGAAUGGGAAUAUCAACAAAUAGAUGGCAUAAGACCCUUCACAAUGCCUCUUAUGAGACUUGCUUGCACUGCCUUAGAAAGAGUUCCUGUGACAAGGCCCAAAAUUAUUGAGCAAUUGAUGAAGAAAUUUAAUCAAGAUUUAGUGUUUUGCCGUGCUCCUGAUGACAAUGAUCUCACAAGCGGUGUCCAUGAUCGCCAAGUUGAGAAAAUAGAUCCUCUGCUAGGCUGGUUGGAGUCAGAGUUUGGUGUUAAGCCUGUUGUUUACUCCAGCUUCUAUGGUGGAAAACAGGAUGAUGGUCUUGUGAUUGCUGUAGAGAACCUACUAAAGAAAACAGAUGAUUGUGAAUUGGCUGCAAUUGAUGCUAUUGCAUCAUCGGCACACUCAUUAACUAUUGCCAUUGCAGUGGUUCAAGGGAAAUUGCAAAUUGAGGAAGCAAUUGAACUCACUAGACUUGAAGAAGAUUUACAGGUGGACAAGUGGGGCCUGGUUGAAGGUGGUCAUGAUAUUGACGUAGCUGAUCUUAGAGUACAGAUUUCAUCGCCGGUUGUAUUUCUUGGUUUGUCAAGAAAUUUAUAG